CCGGUGUGGGAGGGGAGGAAUGUUCUGUUUAUUUUCUGUGCGAGCGAGACAACUGUUGUUAGCAUCUCACAUGCACACAUUUAUCGCCAGUGGAACCCAAAUACCACCCCAGAACAGAGUGGCCUUUCCGCGGAAGACCGUCACAGAAAGAAGGUUUCUGGCACUGCGCUUGUAUCGACUCUUAACGCGGCCUCUGGCACAGGCACAUACGCUGGAGCGAGAGAGAGAGAGAGAGAAACUCCCCAAGGCUGAAAUCUAAGGAGCAGGAUGUCCAUCACUAACACACCCACCAGCAACGACGCAUGUCUGAGCAUCGUCCACAGCCUGAUGUGCCACCGACAAGGGGGGGAGAGCGAGAGCUUUGCCAAGCGAGCCAUCGAGAGCCUCGUCAAGAAGCUGAAGGAGAAGAAAGACGAGCUGGAUUCGCUCAUCACGGCCAUCACCACCAACGGGGCGCAUCCCAGCAAGUGUGUAACCAUACAGCGGACUUUGGAUGGUCGCCUACAGGUUGCUGGUCGUAAAGGAUUCCCUCAUGUGGUUUAUGCGAGACUGUGGCGGUGGCCCGAUCUACACAAGAACGAAUUAAAACACGUCAAAUAUUGCCAGUAUGCCUUUGACCUCAAAUGUGACAAUGUUUGUGUCAACCCAUACCACUAUGAGAGAGUGGUCUCACCAGGCAUCGACCUCUCAGGACUAACACUCUCAAGCUCAGGUCCUCUCAUGGUGAAGGACGAGUAUGACUACGACAACCAGCAGUCUCACCCCAGCUCUGAAAGCCACCUGCAGACCAUCCAGCAUCCUCCAUCCAGGCCCGGCCCACAAGAAGCCUUCAGCAGCCCAGCGUUACUCCCUCCACCCGAGGGCAGCAGCUCGGCUUCCACGUCCGCCUUCUCCUCUAUAAGCGCCGGACCCUCUAAUUCCAACCCCAACUGGAGUAGAAACAGCAGCUUCCCCCCUGCGGUGCCUCCGCAUCAAAAUGGACAUCUCCAGCACCAUACACCCAUGCCUCACACGGGACAUUAUUGGCCUGUCGGCAAUGAAAUAGCAUUCCAGCCCCCUAUAUCCAACCACCCAGCUCCAGAAUAUUGGUGCUCAAUUGCGUACUUUGAGAUGGAUGUUCAAGUCGGUGAGACGUUUAAGGUGCCCUCCACGUGCCCGAUAGUGACCGUGGACGGCUACGUGGACCCCUCUGGAGGCGAUCGCUUUUGUCUGGGUCAGCUGAGCAACGUCCACAGGACGGAGAACAUAGAGAGGGCCAGGCUUCAUAUUGGCAAAGGCGUGCAGUUGGAGUGCAAAGGUGAAGGAGACGUGUGGGUGCGCUGUUUGAGUGACCAUGCAGUCUUUGUGCAGAGUUAUUACCUAGACAGAGAGGCGGGACGGGCACCCGGGGACGCCGUCCACAAGAUCUAUCCCAGCGCUUACAUCAAGGUCUUCGACCUGCGUCAGUGCCACAGGCAAAUGCAGCAGCAGGCAGCCACAGCUCAAGCGGCUGCUGCGGCUCAGGCAGCAGCGGUGGCCGGGAACAUCCCCGGGCCUGGCUCCGUGGGCGGCAUUGCUCCGGCCAUCAGUCUGUCUGCGGCCGCAGGCAUCGGCGUCGACGACCUUCGCCGGCUGUGCAUCCUGCGCAUGAGCUUUGUCAAGGGCUGGGGGCCCGACUACCCCCGACAAAGCAUCAAAGAGACGCCCUGCUGGAUCGAGAUCCAUCUACACCGCGCACUGCAGCUCCUGGACGAGGUCCUGCACACAAUGCCCAUCGCCGACCCGCAGCCUCUCGACUGAGUCUCAAGACGUGAGCUUGUCCAAAAACUUUUUUUUUUUUAAUAUCGGGACUGUCCUGGUAGGGCAGAGGAGAGGACUGCACGGCCACAGGGACAACAAGAGCUGGACCAGGCGGUAUGAUUAGAAGCGAGGACACUGUAUAGCCCGGUUAAGCUUACCGAGUGGGAACGCGUGGCUGCAGUACACUGACAACCAGUAUUUUCUUCUCUAUGUGAGAAAUCGCUCAAUGCUAGGGCUAGGCGAUAUGAGAAAAAAAAAAAAAAGCACUUUUUUUUUUUUUGAUUAAAGCUGAUUGUCCCGUGCAGGAUUAUACAGAGUACCGCAUCCCUACUGUUUGCUACUGCCGUAUCUUGUAACAAACAUUUCCAACAUGUUUGUUUGAGGUAAUACAUGCCAACAGAUGACAACUAUAAUUUUGUUCAUAUCCAUAUUUGUGUUUACUAGAGGUGCAGCAGUACAGGUAACCCACGUUGAGGUCCGUACCUGGUCUCAGAGUCACGGUUUGAUUCUUUUUCGGUACGUUUUGUGGGGGUAAUGAGAACAACUUUUUCGCCUUUCAAAAGUUAUUUUGUUUUUUUUGCUCGCCAUGACAAACAUUCUGCAGUUAACAAAGUAUGAUUGGCGUAGUGAACACUAUAAGACUUGUAUUUCAAGUUAACGUUUACUAAACAACACUUUCAAAUGGCUGCGAUGAGGUGGCGACUUGUCCAGGGUGUACACCGCCUUCCGCCCGAUUGUAGCUGAGAUAGGCACCAGCGACCCCGAAGGGAAUAAGCGGUAGAAAAUUGAUGGAUGGACUUUCAAAUGGUAAAUUACUGUUUUUAUUCUUUAAAGGCCUACUGAAAUGAGAUUUUCUUAUUUAAACGGGGAUAGCAGGUCCAUUCUGUGUGUCAUACUUGAUCAUUUCGCGAUAUUGCCAUAUUUUUGCUGAAAGGAUUUAGUUGAGAACAUAAACGAUAAAGUUCGCAACUUUUCGUCGCUAAUAAAAAAGCCUUGCCUUUACCGGAAGUAGCAGAUGAUGUGCGCGUGACGUCACGGGUUGUAGGGCUCCUCACAUCCUCACAUUGUUUACAAUCAUAGCCAGCAGCAGCUAGAGCUAUUCGGACAUAGGAAGCGACAAUUUCCCCUUCAAUUUGAGCGACAAUGAAAGAUUCGUGGAUGAGGAAAUUUAGAGUGAAGGGCUAGAAAGAAAAAAAAGUUAAAAAAAAAAAAGGCGAUGGCAGUGGGAGCAAUUCAGAUGUUAUUAGACACAUUUACUAGGGUAAUUCUGCAAAAUCCCUUAUCUGCCUAUUGUGUUGCUAGUGUUUUAGUGAGAUUAAAUAGUACCUGAAAGUCGGAGGAGUGUGGCCAUGGGUGUGUUGACGCCAGAGUCUCUGAGGGAAGUCACGCAGCGGCAGCAGGACGGAAGCUCCGCUGAUGUCUCCGGUAAGAGCCAACUUAUUACCACAAUUUUCUCACCAAAAACUGACGGUUUAGAUGUGGUCGGGAUCCAUGUUCGCUUGACCGCUCUGAUCCAUAGUACAGCUUCACCUUUAGGAAUUUUAAACAAGGAAACACCGGCUGUGUUUGUGUUGCUAAAGGCUAAAAGCUUCCCAUCUCCAUCUUUCUUCUUUGACUUCUCCAUUAUUAAUUGAACAAAUUGCAAAAGAUUCAGCAACAUAGAUGUCCAGAAUACUGUGUAAUUAUGCGACUAAAGCAGACUACUUAUAGCUUGGAUCGGGCUGGAAAAUAAUGUCCGCUACAACCCGAGACAUCAUCAUACUGCGACGUUUUUCAACACGACACUUCGGGAAAUUUAAAAUUGCAAUUUAGUAAAGUAAAAAGGCCGUAUUGGCAUGUGUUGCAAUGUUAAUAUUUCAUCAUUGAUAUAUAAACUAUCAGACUGCGUGGUCGGUAGUAGUGGGUUUCAGUAGGCCUUUAAUUCCUUAUCAGUAGUUCUCACGCACUGAUAUAUACAAGCGGUGACCCAGAUUGUGGAGUUUUUAAAACCAAAAUACUGUACCUCAUACUGAAUGAAAAUACAUUAAAGUGCAGUUUGAAAUUGAGGCACUGUAAAAUUAUAUAUAUCAGCACACAAAGUGUUUCUCUGCAAAGUUUUUAGUACCUGUUAUAUCAGAGGAGUGAAAUCUUUGCAGGCACAUAAACAAAAAGUCUGAUUUAAAAUAAUUUAGAUAUAAAAAAGCCUUUUCUGAUUAAAUUAGCGGGUGUGUGCAUUCUCCCAGUGGGGACCAAUACAGUCACAUAGACGUUUAGAGCAUUCAGGGCAGGAUUACUGGUCAGCUGCAGGAGACGGUGAAACUAAAGUCUUUGCUCCUUUUGAAUGUUGUUUCAACUUCUAUGCUAGUGUUAAUCAUAUGUCUUUAUUUUGUUCUGGUGGGCUGCACUUCCAGCUGUGUCAGGGGGAGGCACAUCGCUGAUUGAACGUUAAUUACGCCUUGACAAGCCUCACUUUGGCGACGGUGGAACGGGAGGUGGAGCAUACACACGCAAACUUACACAAUCACACAUAGGAUCGCGGUCGACAAAGAUGGAUUGUUUUGUGCAGGAUUAUACCAAGCAUUGUUGCUUCCCUACUGUUGACUACUGCCGUAACUUGUAACAUACGUAAUCGAAUAAAUAUGCUACCAUCUGAUCACCGGGAUCCAACUCAAAUUAAUCCCGGACAUAUAAUCGCCCAGCCCUAGUUUACACUAGCGUAAGUAAGUCCACUAUUUAUUCAAAUUUAAGGUGCUGCACAAACGAUUCCCAAACGGUCUUUUUUUCUCUCCGCUAUGUGGACAUUUCAUGUAUUUAAUAUUUAAACUGUGCAGAGCCCCUGUUUUGAACUUUUUAAUGAGACUGCUUGGUUUCUGCUGGACUAGUGCUCCUCAUCCUCAUCCUCAUCCUCCUCCACCGGCUCUCAUAUGGCUUCAUGUAAGUUUUUCAUCCUCCUCCUCUUUGCUGUCACAUCAGGAUGUUACUCUUGUGUAUUGUUUGAAUGCUGGUUGGUUUUGGAAGUUUUUUUUAUGAUUUUUGAGACAUGCUAAUAACCCAACGCCUGGGCCGUGGACCUUUUUCAAACUGUACAUGUUUUAAACUGAUAUUCUCAUCUAGACAGGCCUGAUGGUCACAUGAUCGUCAUCUUUUAAAUGAUAUCUCUUUUAAGCACUUGUGCAUAGUCUCGCUAAAUGCUACAGUAUUGGACAAAAUGCAUCAUGUGCUAACUCGCCCUGAUAGCUCAUAACAUCCCAAAAGCUGCGAGAGGAAAUGCAAGCCAUGUUGAUGCUAAAUGCAGUCAUUUCAGUGAUAGUCUUUAUUGCACAUAGUAGUAUUGAUAAAAUAGCGGCAAUUCUUGUAUUUUCUCUUUUUUUAAAUGCUCUAGCCAUCAGCCGCCACAUAACUUCCAGCAUCUGAAAUACAUAACAAAUCUGGAUUAUGGCACUGUUAAUAUGUUUGAAUAAAAAUGUAAUGGGCUAACAUGA